AAAGAUUCCCAAAACAUCUGUAUUUGCAAUACACUACUGAGCAGGUCCAACGACCUUCCACACGGACAAGAUCGAUGAAGCAGACCGUACUCCUGUACCCCGGCGCCGGCGGCAGCCACGUGGGCGCCAUGACGGAGCUGGCCAACGUCUUCCUCAAGCACGGCUACGACGUCACCAUGGUGCUCGUGGAGCCGCCCUUCAAGUCGUCCGACUCUGGCGCCACCGCCAUCGAGCGCAUCGCCGCCUCCAACCCGUCCAUCUCCUUCCAUGUCCUCCCGCCCCUCCCCGCCCCGGACUUCGCCGCCUCCGGCGACAAGAACCCUUUCGUGCUCAUUUUCCAGCUCCUGCUCGAGUACAACGAGCUUCUCGGAACCUUCCUCCGCUCCAUCCCCAGGAAACGCUUGCACUCCGUCGUCCUCGACAUGUUCUGCAUCCACGCCGUCGACGUCUGCACGAGCCUCGGCGUCCCGGUCUACACGUUCUUCGCCUCGGGCGCCUCGUGCCUGACCGUCCUGACCCAGCUUCCGGCGCUGAUCGCCGGCAGGCAGACGGGUCUGAAGGAACUCGGGGACACGCCCCUCGAUUUCCUCGGCGUUACGCCGAUGCCGGCGUCUCAUCUGAUCAAGGAGCUGCUGGAGGACCCGGAGGACGAGAUGUGCAAGAUCCUGACCAACAUGUGGAAACGCAACACCGAGACGAUGGGCGUUCUGGUGAACACGUUCGAGUCGCUGGAGAGCCGCGCGGUGCAGUCGCUCAGGGACCCGCUCUGCGUCCCUGGCCGGACCCUGCCCCCGAUCUACUGCAUCGGGCUGUUGGUCGGCGAGGGCUCGGAGGAUCAUGGCGACGGAGCGGAGAGGAGGAACGAGUGCCUCGCGUGGCUCGACUCGCAGCCGGACAGCAGCGUCGUGUUCCUCUGCUUCGGAAGCAAGGGCACGCUCUCCGCGGAGCAGCUCAAGGAGAUAGCCGUCGGGCUGGAGAGGUCCGGGCAGCGGUUCCUAUGGUCCGUGCGCACGCCGGCCGGAAGCCACGACGCGAACAAGUACUUGGAGGUGCGGCCCGAGCCGGACCUCGGCGCGCUCAUGCCGGAGGGGUUCCUGGAGCGGACCAGGGACAGGGGCCUCGUCGUCACGUCGUGGGUGCCUCAGGUGGACGUGCUGCGGCACCGCGCGACCGGUGCGUUCGUGACGCAUUGUGGGUGGAACUCGGUGCUGGAGGCCGUUGCGGCGGGGGUCCCGAUGUUGUGUUGGCCGCUGGAGGCGGAGCAGAAGAUGAACAAGGUGUGCAUGACGGAGGACAUGGGCGUCGCGGUGGAGCUGGUAGGGUACGGGGAAGGUUUCGUGAAGGCGGACGAGGUGGAUGCCAAGGUGAGGAUGGUGAUAGAGGGCGAGGAAGGGCGGCAGCUAAGGGCGCGGGUGGCUGCUCGCAGAGAAGAGGCGGAGGCGGCGCUGGAGGAAGGAGGCGCGUCACAGGCGGCGUUCCUCCAGUUUCUGUCGGAUGUGGAGAUCGUCGAGUGA